AUGGACGAAUCUGCAUCUACACCGGAAGUUGAGGAAUCUUUGCACGUCGCUGCUAAGAACUUUGUUAGAAUUAUAAAUGCUGCUAAGAAGGGUGGUUACAGGGAGGGAGUAGAGAGUGGAUCAGAUUCUGUUUUUCAAGAAGGUUUUGAUAGAGGAUUUGAAGAAGGUUUCAAACAUGGUUUUGUGUUAGGAAAAUUUAAAAGUUUAUUGAGUGUUAUGCCACAGAAUACCGAGCAUCCACAAGAUAUAAAAGAAAUUCUUGAUAAAACUAGGAGAGGAAUCUGCUAUAUCUGUUCAAAAGAACCACUGAUUAUGAAUCAUGAAAUACAAAAACCAUAUGUAGAAAUCAUUGAUGAACAAAAAAGAUAUUCUAUGAAAGUAAUGCAAAGACUACAUCAAUAUUUCCAACCAUAUUUAAAAGACUUAAAUUUUGAUGAAUCCAAUAUAUUAGAAAUACCAAAUUAUGUUUCAGAUCUAUCCACAAACACUUAA